AUAUGGGUUUUAUUAUGGACAAACAACCUGAAGCCAACACUAUAAAUACUGGUGCCUUUCCUCUGUCAUUCUUCAAACCACCAUCAGUCAACUCAAUACCCUCACUUUAUUCCCUUGCUCUCUGUGCCAUGAUGCCAGACUCCUAUGUGUGCUCACUUUGUGACGAGGGGCUUCAGGACCCCGUCACCAUCCCCUGUGGAGAAACCUUCUGCCUGGAGUGCAUCAAAAACUACUGGGACCAGGCUGACCACGUUGGCAUCUACAGCUGCCCCCAGUGCCGGGCCACCUUCACUCCUCGGCCGGUCCUGCGCCGCAACGUGCCCAAUGUAGGACCCCAAGACUCUCCCUCACCUCUUCCAGAGCUCGCACCCUUUCCGUACCUCAAACGAGACGUCCUGUGUGAUUUCUGCACAGGCCGGAGGAACCGAGCUGUAAAAUCGUGCCUGGUGUGCCUAGCUUACUACUGUGAGACACACGUCAAGCCCCACUAUGAGUCGACUACCUUCAAGCGGCACAAGCUGGUGGAUGAGACAGGCCACCUGGAUCGCAAGAUCUGUCCCCAGCAUGAGAAAGGCCUGGAACUGUUCUGUCGCUCUGAUCAGAUGUGCAUCUGUGUGCUCUGCACGGUUAGAGAACACCGCAGUCACAACACUGUUAGUGCUGAGGAGGAGAGAGCUGAGAAGCAGAAACUGCUGGUAGUGACCCAGACUGAAGUCCAGCACAUUAUUCAGGAGCGAAUGAAGGAGCUUCAAGAGCUCAGACACAAUGUGGAGGUUCUUAAGGGUAAUGCUCACAGGGCCCAGGCGGCCAGUGACAAGAUCUUCAGUGAGAUGCUGCAGUCUGUGGAACGCUGGCAUGCUGAAAUCUGCCAGCUUAUUCAGGCCAACCUAAAGUCAGCCAUGGCACAGGCCCAAAGCUACGUGGAGCGCCUGGAGCAGGAGAUAAUGGAGCUUCAGCGGCGAGAUGCAGAGUUACGGCAGAUACUUGAUACUGAGGACAACAUACACUUUCUACAGAAUUUCCCAGCAUUGUCUGUAGCUCCGGAGCCCAUGGUGCCCAAAGUCUUGAUAAACCCAGAGUUCUCUUUUGGAGAGGUCACCAAAACCGCUACUGACAUGAAAGAACACCUGGAUGACAUCUGCAAAAAAGAAAUGAACAAUAUGUCUAAAAAAGUGAGUGACAUCCCAGUGUACAUAUUAAAUCCCAGGUCUGGAGGUCGUUUUAAAGCCCCUGGACGAGCUGAUCUCCAGGAGCCUAAAACCCGAGCAGACUUCCUCAAACAUGCAAUCAAACUGACCUUUGACCCCAACACGGCCUAUAAAGAGCUGGUUUUGUCUGAAGGGAACCGCAGGGUGGUCCGGAAGCGCACCACGCAGUUCUACCCGGAGCAUCCAGAGCGCUUCGACGGCUUCUGCCAGAUCCUCUGUGCUGAGCCUCUGAGUGAGUCCAGGUACUACUGGGAGGUGGAAUGGAGCGGAGAGUUCUCCAUCGGCGUCGCCUACAGCGGCAUCAGCCGCAAGGGCAAGAACUCCCACAGCCUUCUGGGAUAUAACGACCGCUCUUGGAGCCUGCUGUGUUCCGAGUCUGGAUAUUCUGCCUGGCACAACAAGACAGAAAAAGACUUGCCAAUCUCAGCCAGGACCACGCGAAUCGGGGUGUAUCUGGACUUUCCUGGGAACUCCUUGUCUUUCUACUCUGUCUCCGAGUCCAUGGAGCUCAUCUACAGAUUCCAGGCCAGGUUUUCUGAGCCACUGUAUGCCGGGUUUGGGGUCGGAGCCUGCGUGUCCCUGUGCUCAGUGGAGAAAAGCACACAAACAUACCACUGAAGAAAUGUUAACCUCUAAAAAUAUAAAGCUAUUGUAAUUUUUGCUAGAAAUGUAUUAUUAUGUAAUUACACAUAUAAUUAUGUAUUUCUUUUCACUGACUUGAUUUGUUUUAUAUAAGCAAAUUUCAAUCUGUGCAUCUGCCAUUCUUGCUUUUGUUCUAUGACUUCUAUGUAUUUUUUGAAAACUUAAAGACACCUUUCUUAAAAUU